GCAAUCAUGUCCAUUUUCUAAAACAUAUGAUACUGAUACACGUUUUUGAGAAAAAAUGUUGUGGGAAAAAAGAAAAAUCGUACCUUCGACGUUCCGACAUUUUGUUACCGAAACAGUUCCAGCGUAAUCGAGUGGAUCACCAGUGAAUAAAGAACCUCAUCUAUACCUUGUCACUCUGUAGAGGGUUGUCCUUUAAGAGUGGUUCUAUGUGAUUUGAUAAUCAUAUAAUAAUGAAAUAUAUCAAUAAAAUUUAAUAAUUUUACUUCCUCCUGAUAUCAUCUGAAAAAUAAUGGUAGUCAGUGUUAGAUUUGAUUCUACUAAUUAAUCCUUUGAUACUAUUGUUUUUUAACACAAGUGCCACUCUGUUUGAAUUUUCUGUGACUUCAAACAAACUUCCUGUUUAAAAAACUCAACUGACAUGCCCAUGUUUUACAACAUGUAAGCCCCUUGUAUUUGACAUAGUGACAUAACAAACAUUGUCAAACAAUGUGUUAUGUUUGAAAAAACAAUGGCAGACAGGUGUAAUGUUUGGCAAACAUUGGCCAACAAGUAUAAAAUCAGAGCAAAAUGUUGUAAUCAUUCAACAACUGAGCAAGCAAAGCACACACAGCUAGCAAACAAUCUUAGAAGUUGAAAUUAUUUGAAACAAUAAAGGAAACAAAAUGGAAACAUUAAAACUUAUGAGCUACCAAGUCAACUAUAUCUCCAGAGAGGGACUCAGUAAUGCAGGAUUUGGUGAUUUGAACAGUUAUGGACCAAAAAUUACUGAAAUAGAUGACAGUUGUCGUCAAAUUAGUGAUUUUAGCAAAUAUGGAACAAACAACAUACCAGCUGCCUAUCGUGGCCUCGUAGCAACAGAAGACUCUCUGACAUCACAGAUGAUAUCACCAGUACUUAGCCAAUCAGACAACAGCUUACAACAAAAUGGCUGCAGUAUGCUGCAGACAUCACCUGAUACUCGAGAAGGAUCCUUCAAAAGUUGCACACCAUCUCCAUCUAUUGGAAGUCUCAUAUCAUCACCAACACCACCUAUUGAGCAAGUCAGCAGCCCAGGCAGUCCAGAAACAGUUAUCAGUGACAUUGAUGAAGUGCUCAAAUCCCUUGAGAACACAGCUAAAGGUGGCGCCUCUAAAGCUGAGAAACCUCAUCAUUCAUAUGUUAAACUUAUCGUUGAUGCUAUACUUAGCAAACCAGAAAAGCAUAUGAUCUUGGGUGACAUCUAUCAAUACAUUCAGGAUAAUUUUGAAUACUACAACAAUGAGGAGCGAGCUUGGAGAAACAGUAUCCGACACAACCUAUCCCUGAAUGAAUGCUUCAUCAAAGCAGGACGUGCUGAUAGUGGGAAAGGUAACUAUUGGUCAAUCCACCCUGCAUGCAUCAAGGACUUUUCUAGGGGGGAUUAUAGGAAACGUAAUGCCAGACGUCGUGCUAAGCGUGGUGCAAGGGGUCUUCAAGCACAGCAGCCAAGUACACCAUACCCUUACCGCCAGUAUGUACCCAUGUCUUCAGAUACAGUCAGCUACCCUACUCCAAUACCGUAUCCCUACCAGAUGCCCACAGUUCCGCAGAUGCCCCCACAGCCUCACCUACAAGCACCUUCCAUUGGUUACUUGGGUAAAUACCAACAACCAAUGACAGCAGCUUAUGGUCAACAAGUCAGCAUGCCUGAUCCUCUUACUGCAGCUUACAGUUCACAACCAAGAGCCACCAUCAGUUAUGAGCCUCAGACAUCAAUGACAAAUAUGGACCUCUAUAGACCACCUUAUAAUUACCCAUCAGGCAACAGUGGUUACCAUAGCAAUGCUUCUAUGAUGCAUUACCCAGCAAUCAACCAAGGUCAUUAGUAUCCUCAGGUUUAAACUAAAUAAAGAGAGCCAAUAACUAACAUCGGAAGUAAAUUAUCUUUUAAUUAUUGUAUCAGUUGUAUUUUCAUUUAUUAAUUAUUUUUCUAUUGAAUGUAUAAUGUAGCCAUCUUUUGGUUUUAAAAAGAGACCUACAAUUUUAAACUGCCAAGAAAGCCAAAUUAGAAAUUGUAUAAAGCCACAUGUACAUAAAACUGUAGUAUGUAGUUGUGUGUAUUAAAUAAAUAUAAAAUAAAAAAAUAUUUGUUGUGUUGUUUUACAUUGACUUGAUCCACCAUUGUAUAACAUAUGACUUAAAACGGAAUAUUCUGGUAGAAAAGUAUGUGUUAAAUAAUCUCUACAUGUUAUAAUAAUGUUAUCUAUCCAUUUUGCUAUGUGGUCUUUGCAGCCUCAGGCCCGCUCCAUAUAGACUUCAGCACAUCUAAGGCAUGUAGAGGAUUGUGAAGUGUGGUGAGGAAAACCUGAUAUAGACAGCACCAAACUUGAUCACUUUUUGCAAGCUCCAAAUGAUCUUCACAUAGCUCACUCUCAUAGGAGUCAUUGUUACCACCCUACUGUCCACAUAUUUGAUGUACCUGCAACUUAAUUUCCCUUCCAAAAUGUCCCUACCAUCAGUUCGUAUGAACUUGUACGAUUUUAUAGGUUAGAAAUAAUAUCAUGAAAUUUUUGUUAAGAUGACCACCAC